ACCAUGGAUUUUGUGCCCGAGAAUGGCUACCUUGAUUUACUGCACAGUGACUUCGACCCGUUGCAGCUGUGUGCUUUCCUUGAUCCUAAGUCAUCUGGAGAUGGAGAAGGUGACUUCACUGCAGAUCUUGAAGUUGACGCCAGCAACUAUGAACAGUUAAAUAAUAUGGAUUUCAUGACUACAAUGGAAAAUGGUGAAAAUGGAGAUGGGUCGUAUCUCUGUACCAACACCACAGAUGCUUAUGCUAAAAUGGCUGAAUUAGUAGAAUAUGUGCUCAAGGAUCAUCAGGAGAAGCAGGUGGAAGACAUUUUUGCAGGGAACCUCAAUUUGGAUGAAAUGGCUGCUGAAAACACUGAGAAAUUUCCUGAUGUAAAGAAGCAGAAGUGUCAUAAACGAACCUUCUUAGGCUCUGCAGAGAAUUGUACUGAUGCUUCAGACCCAAAAUACAGGAAAAUUGUGGAAGUGCCUGCAGUGUCUGCAGGGAAUGGCAGCUUCUUAGCUCUGCCUCUCAACAGCCUGCCAGUGAGCUGCACCUCCCUGACUAACCAGCACUUGUCCUUUUCUGUUCCUGAUGCCCACGGGCUGGAAAGAAGUUUCCUAAUUCCUGGAUCUUCAGAACCUCUGACUGCAGGGUUCCUACCUGUCAGUGUGAAAGGGAGCCAGGACAAUCCAGGCUUUGCGGAUCCUCCUCAGCAGUUACUUAACUUUGUUCUUGAAAAUGGCAUAUCUGAUUUUAUAAUAUAUCCAGUGCUGACUUCUUCCAUGGAAACAUUCAUACCCCCAAGUUUUCCAGUUGGUUCAUUUGACGUGGAAACAUUUGAAGAAGUUCAAGAUUCCAUAGUUCCUUCUGAAGACCCUUUCAAAACACGGGAGCUGGUGGAAACUUUCUGUACAUCCCUUAAGGAUUAUUUCCGAGACAUGUGCAAGUUUGUGACCAUGGAGCGUGAGGUAGCUCUGGAUCACCUGUUCAUUGAUGGGACACUUGUUCAAAGCCAAACUGAAACCAGGACUGGGAGGAAUAAUGCAAAAACAACAGAAAACCAGCUAGUAACUUGCAGUCUGCACGAGAAGGAAAAGACAGCCAUUGAUAGAAGCCAAAUAUUUCAAAUCCCACAACGUAAAGGCUUAGAGACUAAAGUGAUUGUGAUGCUGGGAAAAGCAGGAAUGGGCAAAAGCAUACUUGUUCAGAAGAUCUGCCAGGACUGGUCCAAUGGAGAGUUUUCUGAGUUUGAAUUUGUGUUUUGGUUUGACUGUGAACAAAUAAGCUUGCCUGAGAAGCGAUACAGCCUGAAGGAACUGCUGCUUGAAUUUUUUGUAAAACCUCAAGAGGGAAACAAAGAGAUAUUUGAGUAUAUAUUGCAAAAUCCUGCUAGAGUCCUUCUGGUUUUUGAUGGUUUUAAAGGAUUGCAUGACCAUGAGAAUUCUCCUCGUCGCUCAGCCAGCCUGCCUGAAAAAGAUUUGUACAGUAUAAAGGAGCUGCUUUCAGGACUCAUCCAAAAAAAGAUACUUAAUGGUUGUACCUUAUUAUUUACAGCAAGACCAAAAGACAAGGUGUACCACUAUGUGUCCAAAGUGGAUAAGACUAUUGAAAUAGUAGGAUUUUCCCCUGAACAGAGAGAACUGUACAUAACCAAAUACUUUGAAGGAUUACCCCACUGUGACAGUGCACUGAAAUUAGUCAAAGAGCGUGAGUACUUGUUCAGUCAUUGUUACAGCCCUGGUAUGUGUAGAUUUAUUUGUUUUCUUUGUGAGGCAGCGCUUGAAAUGGGAGAGGAAAGCCUCCCUUCAACUCUUUCUGAAGUCUUCUUGAAAUUUUUUCAGCAGAAGACAAUACCUGUGCAAACAGAUGCCACAGGCACACAAAAUCAAGAGAAUCUUGCUGCCUUAGCCCGUAUAGCCUGGUGUCUUGGAGAAAAGCACCAAAGAGCCAUGAAAAGUGAUCUGUUUCCUUCUAAGGAAGUUAAAGAGUUUGCUCUGAAAUAUGGAUUUUUCCUGCCAUUUGCAUUCCCCAGACAUUCAGAUAGUGAGGAAGAGGAAUUUGGGAGCAUGUUCUCUGAUUUUGUCGUUCAGAACUUCUUGUGUGCGCUUCACCUUUUAUUAGCAGAAGAGCUCAAGGAUAAAAGUGUGACAAAGUACCUGUCUUUUCCAUCCAAAAGGAAAAAACCCUAUAACUGGUUAGAUUUAGUGCCUCGAUUUCUGUCUGGGUUGUUGUUUCUCCAGGAUGACCCUUACUUCUGCUCCCUUUCAAAUCAGGACGCAAUACAACCAGUGAAGAAGCAGAAUAAACUCUUGAAAUACAUUAGAAGGCUGCAGAUUAAUGAUCUCUGUCCAGAGAGGUUGCUGGAGCUCUUACGCUGUGUUUAUGAAACACAAAACCAUUACCUCCUGCAGCAUGUGGCCUUGAGACUCAAGCCAGACUUGUCUUUCCUGGACAUAGUCCUUACACCACCCGACGUCCACGUGCUGCACUCUAUUUUAAAAAGGUCAAGAAAGGAGUUUUCCUUGGAUUUGAGAAACAGCAGCAUUGACAUGCAAGGGCUCAAAGACUUGGUCAGCCUGAAGAACGUGGCGUCGUUCAGGGCCUCCCUCAAUGACACUGUCAGGCUCUGGAAAUCCUUAGAACAGUCGAAAGACUACGAGCUGCUGAAAGCCUCUGCAGAGAAAUUUGUUCUUAAUCCCUUUAAGGCAAAGACGAUGAAGGACAUCAGUGACCUCUCUGACCUUGUAGAGAUACAAGAGAAGAUGGUGAAUUGUGAGCAAGAUGCAUCUGAGUCCACCAGCUAUGAAAUCCGUGCCAUCAAAAACCUCAGAAAACUCGAAUUUGCGCUGGGUCCAGUGUGUGGCCCUCAGGGAUUGCUAAGACUCGUGAAAAUUCUUGCAGCAUUUCCAUCACUUCAGCAUUUAGACCUUGACGCUCUGAGUGAAAAUGGCAUAGGAGAUGAAGGAGCAAAGAGUCUAUCUGAAGUCUUUCCAACCCUGACAUCACUGGAAACAUUAAAUUUGUCACAGAAUAAAAUAACAGACGCGGGUGCGGAGAAACUCGCGACAGCCCUUCCUUCCUUGUCCUCCUUAAAAACACUAAGCUUGUACAAUAACAACAUUAGUGAUUUUGGAGCAGAAAAUCUGGCAAAAGUUCUUCCUGCAAUGACAUCUUUAAGAGUGCUAGAUGUUCAGUACAACAAAAUAACCAGCGUUGGAGCCCAGCAGUUGACCAACAGCCUACGAAAAUGUCCCCAUAUAAAGAACUUGGUGAUGUGGAAUCCCACCAUUCCCCAUGGAAUUCUUGAAUACCUUCAGCAGCUGGACUCCAGGAUCAGUGUGUAGAUUCAGAGGAUCCCACAAAGGUAUCAUAAAGAAGAGGGGAAGGUGUCUUUGUGCCUUCCUAUCUUCUCGCUGCUUUACGAAUCAGAGGCAGAUUUUCAUGUUGCAAAAAAGGUCACCUUUAACUUUCUAAGUGGUGCUUAAAUUAGGUGGAUUAUAAAGUUUGAAUUUUCAAGGUCAUUUAAAAUGCUACUCAAAGACACAGUCGUAUUCCUACUGAAGUGAUGAAGAGCUAAGCCAACAUCAAGUUUCAUCGAUGAAAAGUGCAUCUGGAUAUUGUGAUCACCAUUAAAGGAGACCAGGAACCACCAGGAUGUUGACAGUGUAGAAUUCCAUCAUCGAUUCAUCAAAGAGCAGACUGAAAGCUGCUGAAUCUGCGACACCUGAAGCAGUGAUAGAUCAAAUCUGACUGUUCCAUGGUGCCAGUGGUAACUGUGAUUGACUUUGGUCUGAUGAUUUUGGACUUUUAAAGCCCAGUGUUACAGAUUCCACUUGUGAGUAUGGGCUGAUUUGAAGCAUUAGGAUGAGGAACAUAAAAAAGAAUGAUCAGUCCUAGAAAAAGUGAUAUUGGAAGAUUAUCCACGAGAAUUUAGAAGUGGUUCUUUUCUUGAUGCUAAUCAUCAGUGCUGUCUUAAG